AUGCAACCUCGCUUCGUCCACAAUGGCGUUUUGCAUGAGGAGCACCACAGCAGCAAUGAUGAGAUCGUUCGAGAUAUCAUUAUUGGCUUCGCGGAUGGAUUGACGGUCCCGUUUGCGCUCACUGCUGGUCUUUCUUCGUUGGGAUCGAAUAAGCUGGUUAUCAUUGGCGGAUUGGCGGAGCUCUUCAGCGGUGCCAUCUCGAUGGGUCUCGGUGGAUACCUUGCAUCAGUCACAGAGGGGGACCACUACGAUGCCGAAGAGAAGAGAGAGUAUGAAGAAGUCGAGACAUUGCCAGGCGCUGAGAAGGAAGAGAUCUAUAAGAUCAUGCGAGUAUAUGGUCUUGAGGACGAGGUCAUUAAGCCUAUGGUUGAUGCUUUCGAGCUCAAUAAAGAGAUGUGGGUCAAGUUCAUGAUGCGUUUCGAACUUGAGCUCAAGAAGCCUGAUCCUUCCCGUGCAUGGAUCUCCGCUGGCUCAUUGAGCGUUUCCUACUUUCUCGGCGGCCUCAUCCCCAUGAUCCCCUACUUCGCAAUGCACGACAUUACUCACGCCUUGUUCGUCUCUAUUGGCAUCACAGUCGUCAUGCUGCUCGUCUUCGGCUUCGUCAAGAACAUGUACACUGUUGGUACCAAGAAGUCGGGCGCCUGGGGAGCUAUCCAAACUCUGAUUGUUGGAGUCCUGGCUGCUGCGACCAGCUACGGCAUCGUUCGUGCUCUCGACUCCAGAAAUCCUGUCAUGACACAAGGCAAGCUCACCGCAUCCGAUAUGAACUGA